CUGGUCCACGGAGCGGCGGCGGCGGCGGUGGCUUCUUCAUCCUCCUCCUCCUCCUCCAGCCGCCGCCGUCGCCCUCCUCACCGUUGGCGGCCAGAAGAAGUGGGAGCCCCCCUUCCUCCUCCUCCCCCUCCGCCUUCUCAGCCUCGGCUCCGGGCCAUCUGUGCCCUGCAGCCGCCGCCGUGCUUCUCCGCGCUGUUCCUGAGCGGCGGCGGCGGCGGCGGGGGCCGGCUCCCAGACAUGACCGCCAUCAUCAAGGAGAUCGUCAGCAGGAACAAAAGGCGAUACCAGGAGGAUGGCUUCGACCUGGACCUGACAUAUAUUUAUCCAAAUAUAAUUGCAAUGGGCUUUCCUGCAGAACGACUUGAAGGAGUAUACAGAAACAACAUUGAUGACGUUGUAAGGUUUUUGGAUUCAAAACAUAAAAACCAUUACAAGAUAUACAAUCUAUGUGCUGAAAGACAUUAUGAUACCGCCAAAUUUAACUGCAGAGUUGCACAGUAUCCUUUUGAAGACCAUAACCCCCCACAGCUGGAGCUUAUCAAACCUUUUUGUGAAGAUCUUGACCGAUGGCUUAGUGAAGAUGGCAAUCAUGUUGCAGCAAUCCACUGUAAAGCUGGAAAGGGACGAACUGGUGUAAUGAUUUGUGCAUAUUUGUUACAUCGAGGAAGAUUUCACAAGGCACAAGAAGCCCUAGAUUUCUAUGGCGAAGUAAGGACCAGAGAUAAAAAGGGAGUAACUAUUCCCAGUCAGAGGCGCUAUGUAUAUUACUAUAGCUACCUUUUAAAGAAUCAUCUGGAUUACAGACCAGUGGCACUGCUCUUUCACAAAAUGAUGUUUGAAACAAUUCCAAUGUUCAGUGGUGGCACUUGCAAUCCUCAGUUUGUGGUCUACCAGCUCAAGGUAAAGAUAUUCACAUCCAAUUCAGGACCCACAAGACGUGAAGACAAAUAUAUGUACUUCGAAUUCCCUCAGCCAUUGCCAGUGUGUGGUGACAUCAAGGUGGAAUUCUUCCAUAAGCAAAACAAGAUGUUGAAAAAGGAAAAAAUGUUUCAUUUCUGGGUAAACACAUUCUUCAUACCAGAACUGGAGGAAAAUUCAGACAAAGUAGAAAAUGGAAGUCUUCUUGGGGAUCAGGAACUUGAUGGGAUUUUCAGUACAGAGCGUUCAGAUAAUGACAAGGAAUAUCUAAUACUUACUCUAACAAAAAAUGAUUUGGACAAGGCAAAUAAAGACAAGGCAAAUCGUUACUUUUCUCCAAACUUUAAGGUGAAGCUAUUUUUCACAAAAACAGUAGAAGAGCCAUCAAACCCAGAGGCUAGCAGCUCAACUUCAGUAACACCGGAUGUUAGUGAUAAUGAACCUGAUCAUUAUAGAUAUUCUGACACCACUGACUCUGAUCCAGAGAAUGAACCUUUUGAUGAAGAUCAGCAUACACAGAUUACAAAAGUCUAAAUAUUUUUUUUAUUUGGGAAAAAAUACCACAAAGAGGAAAACUUGAAUAAACUGAAUUAUGGACCUUUUGAAAUGGCAAUAGGACAUUGUGUCACAAUUAUCAGUUGUAGGAACAGUUCUUUACCUGACCAAUCUCAUUUGCCCUCUGAAGCCAUUGGGCUUGACACUUGUUGUCCCGUUGAAAAAAGGUUACGUAGCUAUGUUAUGUAUAUACCUUUUUGUGUCAAGAGGACAUUUAAAUUUCAAUUAGGAAAACACAAAGAUGGCACUUUCCCAUUUGAUUCCAGUUUUAUAAAAGUGGAGACAGAUCUGAUGUGUAUACGUAGGAAUCUUCCUUUUGUGUUCUGUCACCAAUUGAGGUUCCUGUAAAUCUCUUUCUAAUACACAGGUUCACAUCCUGCCCCUUUCUUUGCACUUUUGUGGCAACAGAUAAGUCUGAAGUUGGCUCAGAGAAGUAACGGGUUUUACUGCAUUCAAAUGUAUGUAAUAUGGGUAGGAGAGUGGAAAGAGAAGCUCAGAAAGGAAUGUUUUUGCUGGACUGUGUACCAUUUCCAGCUUACUUACAUGCACCUCUUUAGCAUGCAACAGUAAUAAAUCCUGGACAUUUGAGGAAUCGCCGCUGUCACUGCUUGUUUGUGUAUUUUAUUUUAUUUUUAAGCAUAAUGGUGCUAGAAAAGGCAGCUAGAGGGAGUGGUUCUGUAUUAGGGGUACAGGAAUGAACCUUCCACACCAUCAUAAAAGAUCUACAAAUGAAGGGAUAUAAAAAAGUGGUUACAUUUGAAACAGUAACAAUGACUUAACCAUACAAAUGUGGAGGCUAUCUGUCAGAAAUGGGCAUAUACAGGUAUUUGUGUGUUAAAAUUGCCAUUCCCUGAGCUGUGGAUGAUAAAUGUAAGAGUAAUAUUUUUUUCUAAAAAAAAAGAAAAGAAAAAGAAAAUCAAAAAAUCUUGUCUUUCAAACAUUUGGAAUUGCUAUUUUGAAUUUUCACGGUGUAAAAUCCCAUUGGUUUAUUGGCGUUGACUUGUUCUUUAUUGGUUAUUCCACUUGAGUAAAAGGAUUUGGAAUCCAUUGUGCCCAGUCUCUAUUAGCGUUAAUAACAAGGGUAUAAAUGGUAAAUAGUUGAGGCAGAACACAGGCUGAAUACUGAACAAAGGGGCGUCAUGCUCCUUUAACAUUCAUUGGUGAAUUUUGCUCCCUUUCUAAUCCUGUGUGUAGUUGCGUGCCUAUGACUUCAUAUUGAUUUUAGUGAGACUUGCAUGUAGCUGCACAGGAUCAUAGCUUUCAUCCAUUAUGUAAACUUUCUCAAAGCUAAUGAUAAGGCUUCCUAGGUUUGACCCAGUUCUACAAUUCCAUAGAAGUAACCGAUUCGCAAGAGGUAACUAACGAAUCACCUUUGACUUUUCUUCAGUGACUCACAUUGUAUCUGUUUUCUCUUGAACAAUUUGAAAGCCUCAUUAGCCAACUAAAAAUCUUGUGCUUUAAAACUUUUGGAUGUUGACAGUGUUCGGUGUCUUGUACUAUUCUACUGCUUAACAUGGAAGGGCCAGAUUGGAUAUAGUUGAGUGGCCUUUUGCACUGUUGUUCUUCCUUUGGAAUGUGAAGGUUUGAAUGAGGGUUUGGAUUUUGAAUGUGUCAGUGGUUCCAAGAAGCCUUGCUUACAUUUUUAUGGUAUAGUCAUUGGAAAAGGAAAAUGGCAUUAUAUAUAUAUAUAUACAUUAUAUAAUAUAUAUUAUGCAUACUCUCCUAUACUUUAUUUCAGCUACCAUCCCCAUAGAACAUGGCAAGAAUUGCUAUGACUGAAAGGUCUGAGUCCUAAUUAAAACUUUAUUUAUGACAGUAUUCAUCAUUAGCUUGAAAAUGCAUUCUUCUUAGGUAAUUUCUUGAGUUUCUGGACUGUGUGCUAAAUUCUUGGAUGUGCAGCAGCUUACAUGUCUGAAAUUACUUGAAGGCAUCACUUUGACAGGAGCUUACUCUUAGGCCCUGUGCCAUCCCUAGUCAUCUGUAGUCCCAUUUAAAAUAGCUUGUCACAGUAGCUGAAGGGCAGUUGUAUAAAAUAGCACCAAGGUUCUUUGCUGUGGCACAAGUUGUAAACUGAAGGGAGGUUUACAUGCAGCAUCGAUUGUUUUCAGCUUUAAGGGGGGAAAAGUGUAGGGUGCUAGUGUGCAGUUCCAUGUUUAAAUUCUAGCAAACGUGCAAUAUGUUAACGAUGCCUGUGGUUGCCACAAAGUGCCUCGUUUACCUUUUUAAAAUACUGUUAAAAAUGUGUCAUGCAUGCAGAUGGAAGGGGGUGGAACUGUGCACUAAAAGGAGGCUUUAACUGCAGUGUUUGGUAGAGCUGCCUCUUUACUUCGCCAGUUCAAAAUUCUCAGUCUGUUUUCAUAUAGAAUAUAUAUAUAUACUAAAAAAAAAUCUGUCUGUUAAGCAGCCUUAUUCUGAUUCAGCCUCUUCAGAUACUAUUGUGCUGUGCAACAGUGGCUCUGUGUGUAAUGCUAUGCACUGAGGAUACACAAAACAAGAAAAUGACAUGUACAGGAUAAUGUCUCAUACAAAUCAAAUGUCCGUUUGUUAUUGUGUUUAACAGCCCUUUAUCUUAGUGUUAAAACUCCACUUAAAUCUGAUUAAAGUUUCAUUCUUGUCACUGUGUUGGGUGUAUUUUUAUAUGGAAAUACAUGGAAUAAAAUGGUUUAUGCUUCUGUAAAAUAAUGAAAAGCACAUGUGAUUAAAGGAAAAGCUCAUUUUAUGCAAAUUAAGAAAUUUUCAGUUUACAAAACCAAACCAGUGGGAUUUUGACAAUUUAUGAUUGGACUUUAGAAGUAAACGGAGAGUUACCAACAUUCAAAUGACCUGCUGUAUAAAUGUGAUUGCAUAUAUUCCUCUUAUAUUAUUGGACCUGUUCCUGUAUUAACUUGGGUAUAGGAUGAAUACCCCUUAUCUGAAACUAGAAGUGCUCAAAAAUUUGAAAUGGGCAGGUGAGGUCAUGACACCUUUGCUUUCUGAUGGUUCGGUAUACACAAAUUUUGUUUUAUGCACAAAAUCUCCAAGAUAUUAUGUACAUAAUCCAAAAUACUGCUGGUCCAAAGCAUUUUGGAUAAGGGAGAUUCACCUGAUAGGAUAAACUGCUUCAUUUUUGGUGCAUGUGAACAGAUAUAGCUCAGUGAUAAAGUCCAAGUUACUGUGUUAAAACCAUUACUUUCCCUUCAAGUUAAAAAGCACUAUUUUGUAUGCACCUUAAAAUAUAGUUUGAAGGUAAUCUUAUGCAUAAUAUGUUUAGCAGUUGUGAAUAAAACAAAAUUUGCGUACACUGAACCAUCAGAAGUCAAAGGUGUCACUAUCUCAGCAACCAAUGUGGACAAUUUUGGAGUAUUUCGGAAUUCUGGAUAAAAGAGACUCAACCUGUAUGUUUGAUUCGGUUGAUGAUAGGACAGCCCCUUUAUAUCCUUUCAGAUCUAGAACAUUUAAACUGUUUCUGUUGCUUUUUAAGUGUACGUUGAAUACAGGUUCCCUUCCUGGGCUUUCUUCUUAAUAAACUGCCAGCAUGAGUAUGCCAUAG